AAUCUCAAGGGUCACUAUAAAAAGUCAAUCACAGUUGCAGCCCCGCCAGACACACUCCACACGUGUGAGAGACGAGGCAAGAGGCGCGCUCAGGCGAGGAUGCUGACACAAGGCUGCGACAUCUCAGAGUCACCAUAGUGGUCACAUGAGAAGGUCACCGCAGAUAGACGUGGACAACGCGAGACGCCGGGACAGCGAAGAGUCUGCAACUUAAAAACAAUAUAUAUUUGGCGGUCAACCAUCACCAUGUCUUUUGCGAUGCUGCGCCAUGCCCCACCUGCCCGCUUUCUGUACCCCGACAUCAGCAUGCUUUCCGACGACGACGAAAGCGGCAGCGACAGUUCGGGGUGCGGCGAUAAAGCUUUUCACCACUCGAUGGACAGGAGUGGCAGGAGAGGAGACAAGAAGUGUUCACGACUGCAGCAAGAGACGCGAGAACCGCGACAACGCCACACGGCCAACGCCCGCGAAAGGGACAGGACGAACAGCGUCAACAGCGCCUUCACCGCCCUGCGCACGCUUAUUCCCACAGAGCCCGCCGACCGCAAGCUCAGCAAAAUAGAGACUCUACGCCUGGCGUCCAGCUACAUCUCCCACCUAGGAAACGUAUUACUCCUCGGAGACACUUGUGGAGACGGGCAGCCGUGCCACACCAGCAGUCCCUACUACCAGCAUCACCACCCAACCACUAGCAGCCCCAAACACCGAGAGAGCGAGCCAGGCCAACCCAAGCAGAUCUGCACCUUCUGCCUCAGCAACCAAAGGAAGCUGGGAAAGGACAGAGAAAGGAAGACGGCGAUCAGAACCUAAUGACAGCUCUGGGGGACCCCACAGACACCCCCAGACCACAGCCUGAAGGUACGACAACUAUAAGCCAGAAAAAGAACUCCGGCCAAUCACAGGGGAGAGACCACCGCAGCUCCGAGAGUGGGAGGAGACUGAACAGGACGCAUAUAUCUUAAGGCCCCCAUUUUCACCUCCGCUUAAAGCCUCCAACAGGGGCCGAUUUUCCAUAAGCUUCCAUUGGUCUCCAGCCAACACAACUGAAAUAAAGGCGCAGUCCACUCCGUACAUCCGCCAUGUAUAUCAUAUUCUUCAGUACCUCGUGGGCGGGUCUACUCCCUCUGCAUCUUCCUCCCCCGCCCCGUAUCAGAGAUGGUGAGGAGCUUCACGGAUCUGAAUAAAUGUGGUUCCCAGAUUACCAACAACAAGCAGCAGGGAGACUCCUGAGGACAACAAAGACAUCUACCCCACCCUUCACCCACCCAGGCUGGGCGGAUCAGAGGAAUGCGCCACUUGUGUGCAUCAAGGCGUUAUGGUAUAUGUAUGUGCCAUUGCUGCUCAUCUCACACAUUUCUAUGGAGCCAGAAGAGGAAUACAAUCCUCCUGAAGGCGUGUUCACUGUCAGCGAACUUUCCUGAAUCUCCAGAAACUGGCUGAGCGACGCGUAAGCGGAGUGACACCAUAUUUUAUAAUCUAGAGGACAAUGUAUGGGGGGGUGGGGGGGAGGUGAGCGGACUGACAGAUGUGAUAUAUGGGGCCCUUGGCCCCCACAAUGUAUGUGUCUUAUUUAUCAAUAAAGAGAUCAAGGUGAUUAUCAA